AAUCUCGCAAGUGGCAGCCUGAAAUUAUUUCCAGAAGAAGUUGCGAUCGGGUGGGUCAGCUCAGCGAGUGAAGAUGCACAUCUAGUUGUACCCGAGUGGCUGCUGCCGUUGUUUUCGCGUUGAACACUCGCCAUUGCUGCGUGUGCGUGUGCAACAGCAGCCUGUGGAGUAGUGCGUGCAUCUGUUAUGACUUGAGUGCGUUCUUGUAAUUGUGUCGACGGGACAACGGGCGUCAGUACAGUGCACUCGCAGGCUGUGGAGGAGGAAUGGGAGCGACUAGGGUGAGCCUAGCGCCGCGUUUGCAAGGACCUGCAGUUGUUGUUAUUUCUCUCGGAUACCUGUCCGCUGCCAUCCAACUAGUGUAUGCGGGUACAUCUCAAUGCAAUGGUGGACUGUGCUCAAUUGCAGAAGAUCAUGUAGUGUCGAAACGCACCGUGGGUCAGUAUGGACCCUGGACAUCCUGGAGUCUUUGCUACCGAGGAACGCAGACGAGAGAACGACUGUGCCAGUUUGGCUGCACUGGCCCAAACCAGUACGACCAGGACAAGAGACCAUGCCCGUCAGCGUCCACAGGCAGCAUCGUCGUGACGACGUGGGGCAAGCCCACGGAUUCGAAUUCAAACACCGAGACCGAAUCGCCCGCGACCUCAAGCAGCCAUGCUCCAGGCACCAGACCUGUGACAAUCAUCCCAGCCUUCACCACACGGCAUGUUAAGACGCCGCCGGCAAAAGCGACGACUCCACGGCGCACCAUGACGAUCCACCCCAUAACGGACUCAAACGAAUCGACGACGGCGGCAGCGACGACCAGCGCUUCGCACAAGCAUACAGGUCCGUUUGCUACGACAGCCGUCAAUGGACAAGCUCCAACGACAACGCCGAGGAGAAUACAUCAUAUCACCCCCGCAGCGAGAGCCACUACAGAUAGCACCAGCCGGACAGAUAAUUAUAACCUGCGGAUCACCGUGGCGAUAAGCAGCGCUCUGGUCGGAUCUCUGCUCUUGGUUGCCGUGGUGGCGUGCUGGAGGCGCCUGCACCUGGAGCAGAUGGAGCAGCGACGACAGCUGAUGCAACCGGAAGCCACUCAGCCCGAGUAUCACGGCCUGCCUGGAACUCGGCAAACGUCAUCGUUCCCGGCACCUCCGCCGACAUACCACGAUGCGUUUCAAAUAGACAGUCAGCAGAUUCAAGCCGCUAGCCCUCCACCGCUGUCCACGUCGAUCAGGGGCGCGAACGGAACGAGCGGCGCACGAGAUGAAACGACAGAGGACGGGCGGCCUCGACCACCGCCCUCGUUUGCGACGGCCACCUUGACUCCACCUCGACCAGUGCCGCCACCACCACCGCCCCCGCCACCGCCAACAUCGCCCAGUUCCGUCACAGGCACAGGUAGGGCCGGCGGUGGCGGUAGAAACGGCAGCGUGGGUGCUCCCCCCGGUCCGAGCGCUGCCGCCCGGGAGAAGUCCCACGUCGCUUACAUUGUCUCGCACCUGAAGAGCGCGGUCACGGCGGACGAGCUCAUAGAAGAUGAAGAGACCUGUUUGGAUACUGAAGCGCUGCUUGGCAGGUCCGGCGUCUAGUAAUCCGUGUGAUAAGUGUGCCAGCAAAGUACUAGUAUGCGGGCCAAGCAAGCCAUGUAACUUACCAUUGAGUCUAUCCUGGAGAUGAUCCAUUUUGUAAGCUUUCCAGACUGGAAAUAAAUGACUGCCUAUGUCAGUACACUAUGAUCGUGUUUGAAACAUGUUUGAAGACUGAUCCUUUCGGAGGAGUGUAUACGCUCUUCGCCACAACAGACGUGAUUAUUGCUGUCUUGUACGGCUUGCAAUGGUGUGCUAGUACAUCUUGUACUUUGAAUUGCUCUCAGCCUGUCACUUGAAGCAGUGAUUUCGUCUGCCCUGGUGGUGGCAAUUUUGUACAUACCCCCCCCCCUCCAGUUUCCUUGAUUUCACUCUAAAAUAUUUUUUCGAUUGAGUAAAUUUUCUUAUUUAUGCAAAAACCAUGUGUGUGUGUGCGCGUGCUCAGAUUUUGUAUCCUAAUCAGAAAUACGGUUUGUUUUUAUUUGCGGCUGGUUCGGCCAUGCGCGUGAGGACAGAGUGUGUGUCGAGAUGUGUUCCCUUCAAUGACGAAUGAGAUGUGUUCCCUUCCAA